CUCAACGCCUAGAAUUGAGAUCACGAUAACCUGAGUCGUGGGAUUUACUCGUUUAAGUAGUCCGCUGCUUUUUAUAAAACUUUUCAGUCCCGCCCCUCAAUCGCACCUCACCACAAUGUUCAGAUCUCAUCUCGUCCGGCAGGUGGUGCGCGCAGCCCGGGUGCAAGCUCCACGAGCAGCAUCAAAAACCAAACAACAAGCUGUUCCUCCCACUCGCCAAUUCUCUUCCGCGCCACGUCGCUUCGACAAAGAGCCGGACCGGGACAAUGUCGACGCUGCGACAACGUCCGGCGAGCCCGGGGAGAGUGGUGAUCACGAAGGUCAGUAUGCACGAACAAAAGAUGACAUUCGCGUCGAGUACCCCGAGGAAGAGGACCUCCCACCGUCGAUGCCGGUUCAAGGCAGAGGAGGCUUCCAUUUCAAGCGGACGCUGGCUGCUUUCUCGCUGGAGGGGCGUGUGGGGGUCGUGACUGGUGGAGCAAGAGGAUUGGGCCUGGUCAUGGCUCAAGCUCUUGUCACUAGCGGCGCCGACGUUGCUAUCGUGGACAUGAACAGAGACGAAGCCCAGAGGUCGGCGCAAGGACUCAUCGACACCUUCAAAGCUGAAAACCCUGGGGCCGACAAGAUUCCGAAAGUCACUGCUCAUUUCUGCGACGUCUCGAGUCCCACCUCGGUCAACCAGUCAUUGGCGGAGAUCAUCAAGGUGCACGGGAAGGUCGACAAUCUGGUGACUUCUGCUGGAUUUACCGAAAACUACGAUGCUAUCUCUUAUCCUUACGAUCGCAUGCAGAAGCUUUGGGGUGUCAAUGUCGACGGUACCUACUUGUAUGCCGUCGCCGUUGGUAAGCAUCUCAUGGAGAGGAACGCUCCAGGAAGUAUUGUCAUGAUUGGCAGCAUGUCCGGUUCAAUCGUCAACGUGCCACAGCCGCAGGCUCCGUACAAUGCGGCGAAGGCUGCCGUGCGUCAUCUGGCUUCCAGUUUGGCGGUCGAGUGGGCACAUGCCGGCAUUCGCGUCAACUGCAUCUCACCAGGAUAUAUGCUCACGGCUCUAACCAAGAAGAUCCUCGACGAUAACCCAGAUCUUCAAAAGCAGUGGACUUCUCUGAUUCCGGUUGGUAAGAUGGGCCGGCCUGAAGAUCUUAUGGGGGCGGUCACAUUUCUAGCUAGUGACGCCAGUCUCUACGUUACUGGCGCGGAUCUAAGAGUCGAUGGAGCCUACACUUGCACUUAAUGGGAGCUGGCUGCUCUAUUUCUUUGGAGAUCGGCGUGGUGAUGGAAGAAAGAAUCGUCGCUUCCUUG